AUGGUAUUUUUUUUUAAGGCAGCAUACGGUAAUGAUCAAUACGAAUUAAUGGGUUUGUUGAUGAGAUUUUUGCAUGCAUUCGUGUUUCCUCAUCAGGAUCUACCGAUUAUUCAACGCAUAUCGAUAUGUGGGGAAACGCUAGGAUCUCCGCGAGGUGAUCGCCAUGCAACUAUAUGUGCUCGGCCUGCGUAUGCUCCAUUCGCCCAGAAAGUCUAUCAUCCAGAGCCGCUAAUAAGACAAAUCCCAAGGCUAGACUCGAAUGGCUACGAUCUGCUCUUGAAGUUCUUACAGUACGAAGGCCGAGACCGAAUAUCAGCUCAAGACGCUAUGCGGCAUAACUUUUUAAGGACGUUGCCUCCGAAGGUGGGAUUUACUUCAUUUGAUUUUUAUGUUCUGUCCCAAAGUCUUACGAAUUUUUUGGGUUUUUUCGCAGAUUUCAAAAGACCGAACUUAACAUUGGCAACUUUCCAUUGUAAAAAAAAGAACGUAGGACUAAAUGCUUAUGAUGUAGACCAACGAGCAAAUAAACCAUAG